CAAAAUGGAGGCCUGUCAAACAUACAGUACGUAGGUAUAUUGUAUAUGGGGCGGGGAGUUUCUCGUUCGGAAAUCGUUCGUUCUUUACGUGAAAACCUUUGGUUAAAUCCCAAAAUCAUAUUAGGCAUUUUCCCUACGAUUCGGGCCUCGAACUGUAUCGAAUGUUUUUGUUAUUGUAGCCUUUAUCGCCACCAAAUCGGAUAACUGCACUUUCAAGGUUAAAUGAAGCAAAAUGGCGCUGAACCGAUUAGGACCCCCAGGAAAACAAAAGCAUCAGCGCCAAUGAAAAGCAAGUCAGUGUCGUCCAGCAAGUUUCGGAGCAGUGACAUGAAGACAGUGCCAAUCAAUCGGAAAAAGAAUGAUCAAAAGACGCCCAAUAUUGCAUUGGGAAAUCGGGACACUAUCGCGGAAACUAUUGCCUUUGUCAUCAAAGGUCAGCUCACUCCCAUUCAGCUGACGCCACUGACCGAUACGAAAUCCAGCAAAACUGAUAUCAAACGUCUGCAGAAAUCGCGCUACUGCAAAAACAAAGUGGCUCCGGAUCCUGUCAAGGCGAAGCCUUUAAAUGAUCGGAAACUGAAGAUUGCUGAUAAGCCAGUGCUGGCGAUAGAGAAACCUGAAUCAAGUGUGCUAGCUAAUGAAGACCUGGACACGUCGAUAAAGAAGAUAAUUAGACGGUAUGCCAAAAAGCUGCGAAUCAAGCGAACUAAGCGGAAAAGAGUAGUACAACCCACGGAUGAAGCUCAAUCAAAGACAACCAAUAAAGACAAAGCGAGCGAAGCUCUAGACGCCAAGGCUGCACCCGUUCGUAAGCCACCAAUUCCCAUCGUAGCAGCUGAUGCAAUUCUAAAGCCACGUAAGAAAUACGUGAAGAGAAAAGCGAGCAAUAAGCAAAUAAACGCAAACGCACCGGAAACCAGCAGCGCAAAAAAUUCGGAAACGCCCAAAUCUAUAGUGGAAAUCAUAGAGGUGAAAAUCAAGGAAGAAAAAGUUGAUGAAGAGUUUCCAAUUCUUGUCAAAACCGAGCCAGGAUUGGAGAGCGGUCCGCCUCCGAAGCCUUGCGAGGAAAUUAAACCUGAACCACCUGUAGCAAAAGUGCCACCUGUCGCGGCACCCAAGUCGCCAAAAGCGAAGAAACCGGUAAUCCCCCAGAAAUUGAAGCAGCUGAAGAAAAAGUCCCUGAUCAGCAAAGACGCGCAGAAACAACUGGAGGAUAAGCGGCGAGCAAAGCUCUUGCAGUUCUGGAACAGCCCAAAACGGCAUCGGGAAGCUUCCCUAAACGCUCUGGCUAAAGUGCACUGUCUCUACGAGAACGAAUCAAAAUCAGCUUUCGACCAAAUGACUGAAAGCUCCAUUAUCAAGCGGGAACCCGCAGCUUUCCCAGACAAAUCCAAAAAGUGUUCAACCGCCCGCAAACUUUCAUCGGAUAGUUCGAGCGAAUCGGACUCAGACGAAGAACAGCCUGUGAAGCGAAUUUUGCGAGAUGUCCCGGGACUGCGCGCUAUUGGAAAGCACUGGGACAUGCACGAUUCAAUCAGUUCGGACAACAAUAGCGACCUGGAGCUACCCAGGCCCCCAAAAAAGCCCAAAGUGAAAAAAGAGCCAGCAAAAAAGGUUGCAAAACCCGCAAGAACCGAGGUGAAAGACCAGCAGAAAAGCAAGCGGAAACCUAAACCCGAAGUUCUAAUGGACCUGAAGGACAUGGUGGUGAAAAAGCGAAUGGCCAGUUUGAAUGCUUCAGCUAUACUCACUGCAAGCUAUUCAACUGAUAAAAAGGCCAAACCGAGGAAGACCACUGAUUCUUCCAGCUACGACUCGGACUCUUCGGCAGAGGAGUACUUUGCAGCCAUCGAGCAAAUUGACCUUACCAAGGACACAAAGGAGGACAUAAAACAAGAGGAGGAGCAAAAUCUGAUUGAAGUGCACACGACUCCGAACAAGAAGGUUGCAGUGAUUCUGAACCAGGACACCGAUGUAACUAUAACGGGCGUAUAUGUGAACAGCACUAGAUCCACGCAUCAUGAAGGAUAUUGCAGCAUAGCAGGAAUGCAGUAUCGUAUCUCUGCCACCAGCCAUACCCAGACUGCAGCUACCACUGUGGCAGCUGAGGCUUUACUACAAUCUGGCAGCAACUCGGAUAAUGCCCAAUCGGAUGCACAGUCGACUUCCUCAAAGUCCUACACUCCAUUGGACGCUCUCUCCAACAUGCAGCCGCCACCCGGACCCGGCAUCCACAACCCUUUGGGUGGCCAUCCAGGAAUGCCAUGUCAACCGAUCGCACAAAUGGGAUCCUCUCCCCGACUUCAGCAUCCGUCUGGAAGUGCUUUCACUUCACCACAUCACCCUCCUCCAGGCUACCCUCCAGGGGCUCCGCCAUCGGGAGAGUCGCCCGCUGGAUACGUUCAUGGUUACUACCAGCCAGCGGGUCCUUUGAUUUCAGUGUCGCACCCAUAUGGACCUACAGCUGCUCCACAGCCUCAACCACCUAAAAGCGUGCCUCUUUCCGAAGCUUCACCCACGUCUAUUAAUUCUUCGAUAUACCAGCCGCAGGCUCCACCUGCCCCUAGCUCGAACAAUGGGGACUCUUCAGAUAAUGAGGUAAUCAUCACAUCGGUGACUUCAGGGGUGAAGGAGCCUCCCAUUGCGCCCACCCACCAACCGACCGCGUCCUACAGAUAUCCGCAGUACUCGCAGUAUCACGCUUACGCAUGUCCACCUCAAUACCACUACCAGACGCCGCCGCCGCCUCCAACUCCUCCAUACCCUCAUCAUGAGAUCUGUUACCCGGCGGCGCCGCCCGGUUAUUUGCGCCACCCCAAGUAUGCGCCCUCGCCCAGCGCCCCGUACCAUCGCUACCCGUACUAUUCGGGUCAUGGGAGCGAACUGUAUCCACCCUCAAGUGCCCCACCGUCACAACCUAGCCAACAGAUGGUAACUGCGGCCGCUGUGACGACUAAUGGCUCAUAUCCGCCUAAUCCAAACGGCGUCCCGCUACCACCAGCCAUAAUGGAGAGUUAUCCACCACCGGCAGCACCACCUACAUUGGUGGAUGCCUAUCAACCGUCUCCUCACUACUACCAAUCUGCUUACAGUCUUCCUCCAACGUGUUAUUCGCAUUCUCCCUCUAGAGCCAUCCCUUAUCUAAAAGCCCAGCUCGAGGAUCGGCUGGCAUGCCCUCCGGAGGCAUGCCGCCUCCUCCGUCUCCAGCUGGGGCCAAUUACCAGCAGCCCCCAGUGCCCACCCCCAAGCAAGAGUCGCGCUCCCCUGAAACUCCACAAUGCAAAGUGGAGAAGCGAAAAGCCCGAGUGGGGAAGGCCAACGUGAGGAACAACAUGCAGAGCACGAUGCUGCUGAUGUGCAACCCCGCACAAAACUACGUGAAGAGAGAGAUUGAAAGUCCGAAGGACAAAGAGCUACACACGAGCGGAGAAGGCCAGAAUGUUCCAAACGUCGAUCUUGCGAGUGACGAGAACUCGAAAGUGACCACCACCGCAAGCACCACUUGCUCGGAUGAGGCAAAUCAAGCUGAAAACCAUUCGGAUUCAGUUGAGUCCCAAGCACAAUGCAAGCAUGAGGAAGCAUUGAAUGCGAGCCCCGAGGCUGAUAAAAACUCGGAGCUAAAAGAGAGCCCAGUUCCGCCGCCACCAAAGGAGGAACCGCUGCCUCCUUGCACAGCAACCGUGGCGGAAAACGUCAAAGUGAAGAACAUGAAGCGCAAACAGUCGCAAUCGAAAGAACCAGUACCUGAAGCUGUAAACCCGCCGCCUGCAAAGAAAAACAAAAUCAGCUCAUACAAGGACUUCAUCAGAAAGUACUCGGGCUGCUUCAAAAUAAGCAACGGCAAGAAGAACCUCGUAAGCAAAGCAUCCAGAGUGAAGAUCCAGCCGAAGAUCAAAAUCAAAUCGUCCACAAAGAAGAAAAUCAACGUAUCAAAAGAGCAGACCAACAACCGGAGGAUAAGGGCGAGAAAGAGCGCAAUAAAACGCGUGUCGCAAAGCCCGAAGAAGUCAGCCAGCAAGAAGAAACCGAGCGCCAGUGCGAAAACGGCGCCGAAAAUUCUCGAUAAUCUAAUCGCGAAAAACACCAUCGACCGCGUGAUUGAUGACGUGAUUACCAAAUCAGUGAGGACACAAAGUGACACUCAACAGCUGGAAGCAAAGAACGUGGGAAACAAAACGGUGCGAGGCGGCACAAAUAGAAGAAAGUCCACGCCGAGGCGCAAAAGUGAAACUACAGUGACUGAGUUGAGGGCCCCCAGGCGACUUUCUACAUUGCCCAAGUGGUCCAAUGGAUGGAUGUGGGAAGGCGAAUCCUAUCAAAGCAAGGUUUUCAUGAAUAGCGAUCAGACUACAUUAGUCAAAUGCUAUCCAUCGAUGAGGCACAGAGAAGGCGACCUUAUACGGCCCGGUGAUUGUGUGCUGUUAAAAGCCGGCCCGCGAAAGAACGACCUUCCAUAUGUGGCAAAAAUCGCUUCGCUUUGGGAAAAUGCAGAAGACGGUGAAAUGAUGAUGUCGCUCCUUUGGUACUACCGGCCAGAGCACACGGAACAAGGACGACUUCUAACCGACCAACCAGAUGAAGUCUUCGCCUCCAGACAUAAGGAUUCCAAUUCGGUAGCAUGCAUAGAGGACAAAUGCUAUGUGUUGACCUUCAAUGAGUAUUGCAGAUACAAAAAGAAUAUUAAAAGAAUGGAAGUCGGCAUAGAAGAACGACCAAGAUUAGUGCCCCUUCCGGAUCCAUACCCGAGGAUACGAAAGCAGCCUCCAUCAAGCAAUCUUUCUCCCGAUAUGGUAUUUUUCUGUCGCAAAGUGUACGACUUCAGACAGAAGAGACUUAUUAAAAAUCCCACUUAAAUACGAUAAUAAAGUAAAAACUGUGAGGUGAGUGUGUACACGGUUUAGGGCUUUCGAGCUAAAUCUAUCAAUGGUUUCAAGAGCAGAAACUCGCUCUAUAUUAUCGGUUUUCCUUGUUUAUCUCUAUUAAAAUCUGAAAUAUCUACUUUUGCCCAAGUUAGUGUAUACUAGCCGACACUUACCCUACAGUCGUUCAAAUAAAUUGAGAAGAAAAACAGGUUCUUAAGCAUUUUUGUCUCAACAAUAAAAUUUCUUCAGAAGAACUAAAAUGAUUAAGGUCAGACGGGUAGCGAACCUGCCAGAGACUGCAGAUGAACCGCUGAGGAAUUGCAGAAUGCUUAUUAAUAUAUCAUAACUUGAGCAACCAAUUAAGGUAAUCUAAAGCUUUCUUUUGAACAAUGAGUAGUAACCUUCUAAUCAUCUCUAGGUACAAUGAGUAUGAAGUAGCUGACUAUACAAUGUCAGACAAGCCUUUUGCUUAACUAAUUGUACCAUUAGCACAACUUAAAUAUCUAUAUUACAUAUAAGCUGUGCUAUUAGCGCCCAGACUUGUAGAGACCAAAGGCUAUUUUUACACAAAUUUGGGGGAAAACAAAUACAUUUAACAAAUUCGCUUAGUGGCCCUUAUAAUUUACUCCUCAAAAGUCAAUAAAAUUGCCA